CAGCUGGCGUUGUUGACGGAAGUGCAUUACUUUACUGUUAUGAUAUCAAUCAUCUGAUUCUGAUCAGUUGAUCGAUUCUAAAUACGUUUCAUCUAGUUUCUGAAAUAUGUUUGUAUUAUCCUUUUAAUUUAAAAUGUGGGUAAAGCCUCAAGAAGUGCUUUUAGCUAAUGCUCUUUGGUAAGUUGAAAGCAAUAUAAUGUAUAUUAAUUCUUAGAUUUAUCACAUCAUAUGACAAGUUUAUCCCGCAUCAAUUUUUCACUUCGCUUAUUUAUUAUUAAUGUGUCGGGUAGUCAUUAUUGAUUAUAUUGGCUUAGUGUAUGAAAAAUCUAAUUUUACUUUUUAUAAUUUGUUGGUCCAACUGUACAAAAUAUUAGUUUUCUUUAAAAUUAAUAGUUUUAGUUGAACAAACAGUUAUUCACUUAGUAAAGUAGUUGGAUUGUGUAGCCUAACUAAACUAGGACUUGACUAGGGAUAUAAAAUUCAAUAUACAUGCAGUAUACGUAUUCUAUACAGUCCAGUAGAUUGAGAUGAUUGUCAGUUACAUUUGUUAGUUGAGUAAAGUUACAAUUACCCAGUCACUUAGUUAAGGCAACUCCUACUACUACCCCUAGUAGUCUUCUUAGUAAUAUAUAGGCUAACUCUUAGUCUUAGCUCUUCCUACUAGUACUUAGUAACUUUGUAGUAGCUCUCCCCAAAUGUUGGUCCGCAGACCGGCACUGGUCCAUGAGCUUUAUCUUAAGUUGUCGGUCAAAAAAAUAGAAGAAAAUAUAAUUUUUAAAUAAUUAAUAUAUCUGGCACUGGCCCCUAGUGCAAUUUUUAAAAUUGUCCACAGUUCCGCAAAACUUAAAAGUUUGGGAAACGCUGGGUUGGACUUCCUUCAGUUAUUAAAUACUAGCAUUGGACCUAGGCAGGCUAAGAAGGAGACAGCAUAGUACUUAACUCUAACAUUAUUUAGUAUCAUGACCCGUGUUAUGGCUAACCAUAAAUUUAUAAUUAAUGAUACUACAUACCACUUUAAAAAACUUAAUCUAGUCUUGUGACUUUUCUAUCAAAUCUAUGUAUAGCCAGGAUUACAUUAUGUGACAACAGACCAUAUACUUUUGUCAAGGACAGUCUUACUUACAAUAUCAGCCUAUUGAGAUUGAUUAUGACUUUAGUUAUACACUCAAGAAUCUACAGUCACAAUAAGAGAAAAUGAAUCAUAAUUCAGAUUAAACAACCAAGUGAUGCUUUUUUAAAGGCCAGUCUUGUUUACAAAAUCAGUCUGUUGACAUUUAUUAUGAUUUUAAUUAUAGACUUCCUUUUUAGGUAGAUGUGCUCACACAAAUUGUUUUCAUAUAAUAUUAUAGUAAUAAAGACCUAAUUGUUGUUUUUUUUUUGGUGUUUUUUUCACUUUAGCCUUUAAGGACUACAAGUUUUGCUAGAUCCUAUGCUUAUUAAAUUUUAAAUAAUUAAAAAGCAUAAAAGGCCUACAUAUUUUUACAAUUUAUGUGAAAAUCUCUGAUUAUUUUGUAUUGAGACAAGUUAUUGAUUGAAUAUUAUUUUUAAGAUAUAGUCAUGUAGGCCUCUACAAAUAGCUUUGUUUAACAAAGGCAUCAAAAUUAUUCUCUAUUUUGUUUGUUAUUGCUUUAAUUGAGUUUUUUGUAUAGAAUACUGCAGAUUAUUACUGUCUUCAACUGACAUUUUUUAAAAAUAUAUUUUAAUUUAUUCAAUAUUUAUUAUUUUUAAAGACCAUUCUCUCUCCCACCCCCACCCCAAACAACAUUUAUUUCAUUUUUUAAAUCAUUAAAGCCUGAUUAUUUUCUGUAUGAAUCAUCAGCUAGAAUUGUUUAUCUAAAUGAGUUGUUCACACAAAUAUAUGGCACUUAUUAACCUCAUAAAUAAGUAACCUGUUAGCUGAAGAGAUUAGGUAAUUUAUAGCAAUGACCACAUGUGUGGUGCAAAAAAUAAUCAAUACAUCUAUCAGCAACGUGACCUACAUUAGACAAAGACAGCAGCUGUCUACUGCAAACAAAUUAUUGCUUUCAGUGAUCCCAAAACAUUCAGUCUGUUUGGUUUUACUUGAUGAGGUUGAUUCAUAAAAUUAUAAAUGAUAAGAGUCCCACUCCCAAGAUUUUAUAAUGUCAAAGAAAUCAAUAGUUUUAAGAAACAGAUGUUCACAAACUUUAUUUGAAUAUAUCUGCCUGUGCUUCCUUUACUCUUUGCUUUCGGUGAUAUUAAAGCCUCUUACUUUUUUCACGUGUGGGAUUAAAACUGCUGUUUAAAUUUUCAUAAGACAUUUAGCCCUAUGUAUAACAAUCAGGAAAAGCAGUGCUCAGGGCAAAGCCUGAAACGGCAGCUACUCAAUGUAUAGCAAAAAGUGCCAGUAAAAAGAUGAUUUUUGGGACCCUUGUCUUUGUGAAGUACAUAGGAUUUUAUCAUUUAAUUCACUAUUAUGGUCCUAUCUAAAAUCAUUUUGGCGCACAUGAUGAGUGGCCCCUUGGCAUGGCCCUGAUCACUGCAAAGUAUGGAAAGUUCUUAUGUUUCUUUCAACCAAGCUUUUCUUUUUUACUUGAUGGAACUUUCUUAAAGCCUGCUAAAAACUGCUAUGAAACAGCAGUAGGGACCCAAUGUCAUGAAUGGCAUAACAUUGUUCAAACAUUGGCAUGUGUUCAUUGACAUUUAUAUACUCAUAAAUAAAUGGCAAGGAACAUGUGCACAUUGCUUACUGAUGAUAACAAGUGGUGUUGCAUGUAACAAGGGCGAUAGUAAUUUUGAUUUGGGUUUCAAUCAAGAUUUCUUCUAUUUAUGUUCCAAAGGGCAAAAAGUUUUUAAGCAGGGGCGGCUCAAGGUGGGUACAAUGCGUAAUCAUCAUACAGGCGGCAAAAUUUGUUAAAAUCAAAAAUAAAAAUUUUCUGAACUCUUCCCAUAAUUUUCCAGAGGGCAACAGUUGCCUAUUUUCGCCCAACCUAAAAAUGUCUAGCGCCGGCUCUGCUUUUAAGGCUAGAAUUCAGUAUUUGAAAUCUUGCCUCACUGAUUUUUUUAACAAUAAAACUUUGAUAAAUGAAAGAAAUUAUUAUUUUUGUUGAACAAGUCAUUUAAUAUGCUUAUAUUUUUUCCCAGGGCUACCCAGCAAGCUAACCCAUUCUUUGUUCUACAGCAUAGAAAAGGAUAUGGAGGUGGGGGCCUCACUGGGUUGCUGGUAGGAACUCUGGAUACAGUUCUUGAUAACAAGGUUUGAAAUUUUCAUACAUAAUUAUUCUCUUGGCGUAAUUUUAUCAAGUAUUGUUUGACAUACCCUAGAUAAUGAUUAUAAAGCCCUUUUCUUUUAUAAGCUGACUCACCUAAUUUUGGAAGGAAAAAAGCUGAAAAGUGUAAACCUGCUCAUAAGCAGACCCCUUAAAAUAAUAUACCAGCAUGAGCAAUUUGUUACCAAAGAAUAUCUAGGAUGAGAUAAGAAGGCCAACGUUAUGAUCAUCUUUUAUUAUAUACUGAUAAUCAUAGCAUAGUAACACUGUCUUUUUCUUGUGUCUUUGUUUAUUAAUAUUUAAAACUUCUGAUCUCAUAAUAAAUCUUCUUUUGCAUGGUAGACUAGGAAAUAAUUCAAUGUAGCUUAAAAGCAUUAUAAAAAAAACCCAUGACCCACUGACACCACCUAUUCACCUGAAAUAUUUACAUACAAAUUUAGCUGUCACAGAGUUCAUUAAAGAACCACAAUAUGCAGUACUUUUAAUCCCCCUAAAUUUGCGUUCUAUCUUAAUAAUAUUUCUUACAGUUUGAUAUUUCUAAUUAUAGUUAGUUUGAUGUUACAACUAGUUUUAAUUUUGUCAAGAAUUAUUAUAUGGACAUAAAUGUGAACUACAUUGAAAGUUCAAAACAAACAAACUGUCAUACAAAAGACUAAUGUCUUUAUGAAGUAUUGAUUUGACCCAUGUAGCCUUGCACAGUCAAUUUUUACUGUAUCGGGUUUUCCUGUUUUGGGGAUUAUAGCAGUCAGGAUGAAUAAAAUAGAGCUUAAUUAUUUAGAUAAUUUAUGGAAAAUCUCAUGUGAACCAAAAAUGUUUAGGAUGGAAGAGUGACCACAACCAUCACAGGGUCAGGGCUGUUGGUUAGGAUUUUAAAAUAUUUAUUAUUUGGUACAUCUGCAUAGCUAACAUGAUAAUUUGCAAACAGGAAACAUGGAACUGCAGGAUUGAGGAAAAUAGAUCGUUAGGCCAAAAAUUAUUUGUUUUAUCAUUGUAAGAUGACCAAAGUGAGCCCAAAGGGGAAACAGGAUCAGAGAAGUAGAGUGGAGUAGAGGGUUGAUGGCUGAAUUUGACAGUAGGGAUAAUGUGAUGGCAAAAUGAUUUGAACUCACUAAGUUAUCCAAUCAAUUAUAUUUUAGACAAGACCGUACAGAAUACUGCACCAAACAGAAGGCUCAGAACUAAGUUAUUGUAAGUUUUUCUUUCAUCUACAUUCUACUUAUGUAAUUCAUUAAAUUAUUUUGUUAGAAUUGCAGUUCACUGUCCUUUAUUUUUUUCAAAAGGUUUCUGCAAGAGAAAGUUUGGGUUUUUUUUUGUUUUUUUUUUAAAAUAUUGUCUGAGAAUAUUUUUCAUUACAUGUUCAAUUGUUCUUCAAUCUAUACUAAGGUUGUUCAGCAAUGAUUAAUAACUGCAGAACUUGGGGGUGGAAAAAAAGCGAACAAUUUGAAAAAAAAAUCAAAUUAUUAAACAUGUGCCUGUUAAUAAUAAGUCUUUUUUUAUUUCUCUGUUACAGCUAUAGCUGAGGCCAACAACAAGAGGGAGAUUCAGCAACACUGGCAAUGGCUUGAGACCAAUGUAAUAAAUACUUGUGGUGAGAGAUUUGACUAGCAACAAGUUAUCAUAGUGGUUUACAUGGGGGGGGGGGGGGCAGUUGAGGGAGAGAGGAAAGGGAUAUCUAAAGGGAGAUUUCUCUUUUAUUUUGUUUCUAUGUACUUGAGUUUUGAUGGACACCGUCAGGCUAGAAACUUCCUCUCUCAAGCAGUUUUCCCACAAUAACUAAAAAGCUUAAUGGAUCCAUAAAUAAUUGUUGUGGGCUCUGUGGCAUUUUUGUGUUUGCCCAGCACUAAUAUAAUAAUGUAAUAUGUCAUAUUCCUUUUACUGAAUUUAGUUUUUCCAUCAAACAAUUUUGACAGGAAAAAAGUACUAAGUACACUAAAGGUUGUUCCGUAUGUGCCACAAGGUACAAAUAUUUAGAGUAUAUGAUAAAAAGAACUGGAUUAAAUCAAGUGAUGUUACUAGAUAAAUAUGUAACAAGCCAACCCUCAAAAUGGCCUCUGACCACUACUGGCAGUCAAUGUAACUUAGUUACAUUAGUAACAAGUGACAUGGUGGUAAUUUUGGACAGGGGUUAAGCUAAGAGUGAGAGUGGAAAUGACAAUGUAACCUUUUCAUCCUGUCUCGGUGCCACGUUAUAACAGUGCAUAAGAACUCUGUUGAUUGCUAUCAAUUAUGUUAUGAUGAAAUCAUAAAACUGAGUCAUUCAUAUCACUACAAUAAAAGAAAAAAUCUUAUUACCAGUUGUGCAGCUUUUGUGUACAUCUGGAACUAAAGUAGAAGAAUGUUAAUGAAAUGUAAUUGUAGUGAUUGCUACCUCCCUACGCCUUUGCUGGUAUUUUUUCAGACAUCAGUGAGUUGUCUUAAUGAAUUUGAUGUUUCUUGUCUAAUGUAUACAGUAUUGUUAUAUUAUAGUAGCAUCAUUAAUAAUUCAAGUAAGCAAAUGGUAAAAGAGAGCCUACUUUGACUAAACUACAAGAUUAUGAGAAUUUCACAAAUAUCUAAACGUCUGCGUUGUUUAUCUUUCUAGCUGCUUUUGACAAUGAUGAUGAUGUCACCGAGUUCAUUAAGUGCAAAAUCGAGAGCUUGUUGGCAAAUGUGGAGCCCUCCAAAGAAGGUAAUGGAUUGGAUUCAUAUUAGCCGUGCUAAUAUGUUUAUGGUGCAAUCGAACUGACAGAAUUGUUUCUACACUUAAUGAAAUAAGGGAUGAAAGAGGUUAUUUUAACGUCUUUGUUCCUGUAUUUAUAAACGUAAAAACAAAAACAUUAACUCAAUUGUCCUCCCUUUUUUUUUUCAAAAGAUGAAGAGGUUGAAGACCUGAGGACGUCAACUAAAAAGUUCCGCAAGUAUUUCAACAUGCCGAAAGAGGAGAAACUUGUCAACCGUGAGUUAUAAUUUAUCUUGUCCUAGUAAAUAAUAAUUCCAUGUGUGCUAGUGAGUUAAAAUUCCUCUUGUGUUAGUGAGUUAAAAUUCCUAUUGUCCUUGUGAGUUAAAAUUCCUCUUGUCCUAGUGAGUUAAAAUUUCUCUUUUGUUAGUGAUUUAAAAUUUCUAUGUGUUAGUGAGUUAAAAUUUCUCUAGUCUUAGUAUGUUAAAAUUCCUCCUCUGCUUGUGAGUUUAAAAAAAUUCUUGUGCUAAGUUUUGCCUUCUUUUAUUCUAAUGAUAAUUAAUAUUAUCCUAAUAAUAAUUCCUUGCAUCUUUUUCCAAAUAAUCUACUUAGGUUUAUUUCAUAAUAACAGUUAUUAGAUUCUGACAAGAAUUUCACUGACAUGGCCAUAUGGCAACUAUUAAUAAAUGUUAAUAAUUUCAUGAACAUUAAAAAUCUGAUUCCAGUUGUUUUUUUUUGUAAUUGUCAUUUUGUUUCUCCCUUUUUCAAUUUAAUAAUUCAAUUCCACUGCUAAAAAUUUCUUGUCCCACUGUUUUUUGUACCCAGAUUAUUCUUGCAGCUACUGGAAAGGAAACAUUCCUCGACAGGGUUGGAUGUAUCUCAGCGUCAACCAUCUUUGCUUCUAUUCAUUUCUAAUGGGCAAGGAAGCUAAGCUCAUUCUCAGAUGGGCAGACAUCACUGUAAUUCUCAUUCAUUUAAGCUACUUUAAAUAUUAUACAUUCGUCCUGUUUUGCCGAAAUGAAUGUUAGUUGGUUAAAUUCCCUGUGUGAAAGUGCAUUAUUAAUCAUUCUUUCUUUUAAUAUUCUCCCAAAUGGAGAGAGUCAUUCUUUCUAUUUUUUAGGAUGAUCAUUUUGAUAGGAAUUUUUUUCAUGUACAUUUUUUAAAAAUUCAACCUUUUUUCUGUUAUGUACAAAAGGUCAAGUUUAUCACCUAAUUUAUUUUGUGAUGUGACUUAAGCUGUUCAUAAUUGAUAUAAACUAAUUAUAAAUUAAAUAUUAUAAUUAAUUUUUUCUUAAAUUCAGAAACUAGAGCGAGGGAACAACAUGUUUUUGCCAGAUAGUGUUAAAGUUAGCACCAGAGAUGGAUAUGUAAGUUAUGAGUUAUUUGCUGUGCCGGCGUUGUGCCCUUCCUUUUUUUCUUUCUUUCAUUUGACUAAUUAAAGUGAAGUUCAAUUUAAGUUCAUGCAAUUCUUUUUGAUUUAACUGAUGAAAGAAUUAGCCAAAGUAUCUAAAUUUGUAUUAUUUUUUUUUAAAUUGUGGCUUAACUACACUGUUUUAUUGACUUAAAUUGUUUCUACUUAGGCCUUUUGCAGUCCAACCCUCCUUAUAGUUAUAUCAGUCAAGUCUUCUAAUCCAAUCAACCUGUGCAUAUAUCCGCUUACCUUUGAAGUUGUUCUUGUUGCAUUUGAAUUGUCUUUAUUUUGUCUUUGACAGCACUACUUUUCCAUGCUCCUUCAUAGCAAUGAAACAUUUAACUUAAUGGAACAACUGGCAAACAUGGCCAUGAAACAGUAAGAUGAUUUUAUAUUACUUUUUUGUUUUAUUUAAGUGUAUAUAAUUAUAUGUACAGUGGACUCUCAAUAUUCGUCCAUGUCCAUUUUCAUAAAAAUUUAGUAUUUGUCCCGCACACCCUGUGAGUUAAUCAGUCCAAAUGCCUUUUUCUUUGUUGUUGAGAAAUGACACCCAAACAUUGCUGUAUAUAAUUAGCGUAUCAAUUCAUUUGAUGACGAUGUGUUUGGACGCUUUUGGAAAUUUUAAAGAACUGUACACGAAAAAAAAACAUUGGAUAAGUUCUUUGAAAAAAAACAAGUGCUGGUGAAUCGCCUGGAAAUGCUGGUGACCCAUCAUCAGUGGACAGAAUUGAUAUUACCUCAUGUCAUGAUGGAAAGUGUCUCCUCUAUCAAAUAGUGAUGUCAUGAUGGGAAGGGACACUCCCCUACCAAACAAUAUCAAAAUGUCUAUAAAAUCAUUUUUUUUUCACUGCCUCCUGUAGAACGAUGGACCAUGUGUUCAUGGCAAGCACACAGUUACCACUUAUGGUGAUGUUUGUUUGCUUCAGUAGCUUGGAAGGAGGGAGGGAAGGGAAGAAGGGGUUUCACAAACUUCUGGUUAAAAUGUUUAUUUAUGUAGGCCCACAGUAUAUUUAAGACAUCAUGAUGAGUGAAUCUCUGAUAUAACGAUAAAGCAUUAAUAACUAAUGGUAACUACGUAAUUAAAAUGCAUUUUUAUUAUUGAUUUUUUGAGUGCAAUGUUUUUAUAAAGAGUGGAUAGGCCAAAUUCAGGGCUGUGAAUGGAUUUUUUAUUUCUUUCUAUUUAAAAAAUCUGUUUUAUAUUUUUUUGUUUUUGUAUUUUCCCUUCCCCCCCCCCCCCCCAUAACUGAUUUAUGAUGAAUAUUGAGGAUCCAAUGUAUGUUUAUUUUAGAAGACAGAUCUUUCUGAAUCAGUAUCGACAUGUGAGAUUCUUUAAGUGACUCAGAGAUUAAUGCAUGUUUUGAGUAAUUCUGACUAACCAAACUGAUCAAGAUUUUAAAAGUUGUUUUUUUUGUGUUGUUUUUUUACUUUGUCAGACUAAUGCAAGAGCCAGGUUUUCAAGAGGACAAAUCUCUGGCAUCAAAAAUAAAGUCUACCAAGUGAGCAAUUUUAUGAGUGGAAAAUAGAACAAGAAAAUGUUUUGCUGGCAGGAUCUAUUUAAUUUUGCAAAUAGCAUAAACCUCCUUUACUUUAAUAUUUUUUCAUUUGCAUAUCUCUGAUAAAUAUUAGCCAGUGGCCCAUCGAAAAUCACAUAUCUUGAAAGACAAGCGUUGUAAGAGAAAGUCCAGUUUAAGUAUUUUAAAGUAAUAUAUUAUAUUUUUUUAUUUGAGUCUAGGAAUUUUAUAGGUGUACUUUCCUUCCACCUUCUAAUUUCAGAAAGAGGAAGAAAAUAUCUGUCCUCAAAAGAGAUCUUGAUGCCAAAGCAAGAAGUGAAAGAUUCAGGUCAGAUUUUGUUGUAGCAUUUAUUGUGCAUUUUUGCUUGUCAACAGUUUUCUCUUUAAAUGAUUUGUUGAGAAUUUUAUUGUCAGCAUCAAACUAGGAUGUGAAAGGCAGCACAGUGAGAUCAUAACACUGGCCAUUACACAUCAAUGUUCUUUCAGACUUGCCUUCAGACUUCCAGUCAUAGAGAAACUGGAUGGAGAUGAGGAGUGCACUUUGUGGACGCCGUUCAACAAGCAGCAUGUGUGGGGGAGGCUUUACCUAUCCAACAACUAUAUGUGCUUUGCUAGCAGAGUAAGUAGAGCACUGUAUGUUUAUAUGUGCUUUGCUAGCAGAGUAAGUUGAUAUCUGUAUGUAUAUAUGUGCUUUGCUAGCAGAGUAAGUUGAGCACUGUAUGCAUAUCUUUAUUAGCAGGGUAAGCACUAUAUUGUAAUUGUGCAUGUUAGUCAAGCACUAUAUCAGGGGUUUGGAACCUUUUUGUCUGAGAGAGCCAUGGACACCAAAUAUUUUGAAAAGUAAUUCUGUGAGAGCCAUACAUUAUAUUUAAAACUAAAAAUUCAAGUAAAUGUGUGCAUUUUGUGUCAUUUCAACUCUGAAUUCUUUUUAAUAACAUUGUUAUGCUGUUGCUAAUCAAUUAUGAGUCUUUCUUUUUUUAUAAUCGAACAUUUGUCUGUGAGCCAGAUGCAGCCAUCAAUAGAGCCACAUCUGGCUCGCGAGCCAUAGGUUCCCGACCCCUUCACUAUAUGAAUAACAACUAAUGCAUCUGUCCUUAUGCAAGUGGUUGCCAGUUUGGACAAAUGUUCUUGUUGCAUGAGGUUCUUGGGAAUAAUAAUUGUUUUUGCUAUAAAUCUAAUAAACUGAUAAGUUAGGGUAAUAGUCCAUUUCAUUGUUUCUUAACAGUUGUUUUUUCUUUUAUUUAUUUACAAAUUCAUGUGGUGGUAAAAUGCAUUUCACUAUAAUCUUAAUUGUAAAAAUAUGUUUGUGCACAAUCAGGUGAAGGACCUUGUGACACUCAUCAUUCCCAUGAGAGACAUUUCUGUGGCUGAGAAGGUGGACAACUCUGCCUCUGGUAACCUAAUCAACAAAGCUAUUUUUGUAACAACCAAAAACAAGGCAAGUAACAAAUAAAGAAAUAUUUAAAAAAAAACUAAAACCAUUUCUUAUGCCUGAAAUUUAAACCAAGUUAAUCAUUUAUUAAAGCUGAGAUGUAAAUAAACUCUUCUUAACUGAUGCGUGAUAUUGUGCCAAAGAAUCGUUUAUUUUUAGUGUAAAAAGACAAUCAGCUUCUGGUGUAAAGGUGCUUAUUAAAGUAUUUGUGAUGUUAACAGCGGUGGAUAAAGCUGAGUGUGGGGGCCAUUGAUUGGUCAAAAUAAUUAUGAAUGUUUAGAAGGGUUUGACUCGUUAAACAGUCAUUUUAGUUUCAACAUUUUGUACUUAUCCCCUUUACCCUCAUCUCCUGUCCCCAACAGUCUUUUUCCCUCCCUCUCUUUCCUAUACUUUCUGGUUGUUAGACCCAAAACACAUAAUUCCAAUUACUGUGGCAUUAACUGAAUUACUGUGAAAAUGAAACGCUCUCCAUCAUCAGACAAAUUUUACAUUCUCCGAGUUCCAAGAUCGCAAUCUCAUCCUUGAGAAGAUAUCAGACUUUCUGUCAAAGCAGCCCAUUGUGCCAAGGUAUUGUAAUGAAUAAAAUAUAUUUAUUUUCUUCUAAGCAUUAUAUGUUAAAUAUAUAGUGGAUGCCGUAAAUGAGUAAAAAAAUAAAAAGACCUCUGGUGAUCUUAAAUGUAUUUUAAAGUAUUAAAAAUAGUAAUGACUCCUUAUGAUGUACCCAAUCACUUGAUAGCAUUUUGGACUUAACUUAAAUACUAUGUUCAGAUAUGAUGUUCAGCUUUCAUGAACUUGAUAUGUUCAGAUAUGAUGUUCAGCUUUCAUGAACUUGAUAUGUUCAGAUAUGAUGUUCAGCUUUCAUGAACUUGAUAUGUUCAGACAUGAUGUUCAGCUUUCAUGAACUUGAUAUGUUCAGAUAUGAUGUUCAGCUUUCAUGUUACAAUGAUCUGACAGUGCACCUUUUUUUUUUUAUAAAACUAUAUUGUGUGUAGUUACACCCCUUGUCCUAUAUUAACCUAUUUAUUUCCCCCUCAUUUUGAUUCUAAAUUUGUUUCCAUCUUUAUCUAGGUCAGUGAGCGUGUCAGAGGACAAAAAUGGAGACACAGGUAACCUUGAACUUUUUCUCAGUGAUUUUUUUUUAAAUUUCUUUCAGUGACGGGCAUUGUUUCUUGACCCCAAUAAAUGAUUGAAUAUGUUUGAAUACCAUGUCACAUUAAUAAAGCUAUUACUUUUUUUAAAAACCAAAUUUAAACAAAAGGAAACCUUUAAAUGAAUAUUUAUAUUUUUUCUUCCAAAAAUAUAGCCAUUGUUUUUGCCAUGGUUGCUUUUGAAAUACAGAAAUUUUUCAAUUAUUUUAGUUUUUAAAAAAAGUCAAAGUCACUUUAUGGUUGAUAGAAAAUCACAGAGAAUCUUUGUUUUUACCCCCAAAACGGUAAAACAAUUAUUUAUUUAUGAAUAGCACAUGUACACAGUCUAGAUACUGGUUUUCUUGAGUGAUAUUUAGUUUAACUGUUACUUAAAGGCCUCCGAGUGAGGCUUCCAAAUAUUACCCAAACAGUGCACAGGUAAUAUUUUGAUAAGGCAGUGUUACUAGUACCAUGGAAUCCUGCUGUAACAAAAAUAAUGCACAACCAUCCACUUCAAGGUUCUGUCACCAAGUAAAUUGCGGGAAGGGCGUUCAUUAACUACUAACUCUCUCAAAACACAACACGCACAAUAAAACACAAUAACCGAUGUCCAACAAUUAUUUGUGAAUUCCCAUGCUGGGGCACUCACAUUUGCUACUAAUAAAAAUAUAGGAGAUAUCAGUCUAUAUAGUUUAUCCUAUAUGGCCCAAAGCACUUAAGAAUGGACUUUUCCCCUCUCUGACAUGAUAUACUCUGUUUGGCUACCGAUUGUGUUUUGCACCUUUUUGUGUGAUUUUGUCAUGCAGCAAAGAUAUUUAAAUGGUUAAAUUAUACAAGUUAUGAUUGCAUGGUUGGAUUAAGUUUAAUUGAGAUCUUUUAUUACAUUUGGAUGAUGGAUAUAUAAUUUCAAAACGUUUGUUGUCUUUUUUUUAGAUACUGAAUUAGAAUUUCAGCCAGCCUUGAUGAGCAUAUUUUCCAGUAAAGAGACAGAAGAGCUCUCACCAAGAGAUGAAGCCAAAGAGGCAGCAAAAGAGCAUAUGUGGGACCUGCACUUUGCUGAGUUCGGCAGGUCAGGCAACCAGCUCAUUCUAUCAGCAAAUAUCAUGGAUCAGAUUUUUAUAUUUAAAUCUGUUGUUUUGUUUUAACCUGCCAGAUUUGUUUAAUCUAGGAAGUUAAACCAAGCUAACAAUUUCAGGGGAUGUCACAAGUAAAAUCACCUAAGGAAAGGAACACACAGAUUUUUUUAAGUAGCUUCUCUUUAUAUAAAAAAAAAGAGAAAGCAACCACCCUCCAACUAAAAGUGAUUCUGUCAUUUAACAUAAUAUUUUAAUUCAGCAUCUAAAAAAUUCUCUUAGCAUCUAAAAAAUUAUCUUGAGAUCAAGUCUCUUAAUGUUUGAUUAAAUACCCCCCCACUUUUUUUUUCCCCACUGCCCUCUGCUCCAAAAAGUAUUUUUUUAAAUAUUUUUUUUUUAAAUUUUCUUUUACCAACUCUACAUUUCCAAUUGUGUUUUGCCUUCAGUCUAACAAAGGCGAGUAUUUUAUAUUCCUAACAGAGGUAUGUGCAUGUACCGCACUCAUGACACACAUCAGCUUGUCCUGAAAGGAAUCCCAGACCGCUACAGAGGAGAAAUGUGGAUGGUCUUCUCUGGGGCUGUGAAUGAGGUGAAAACAUAAAGUACCGUAAUUUGUUUUCAUAACCAUAAAACCAAUCAGUGUCAUUACACAUAUGAAUGUCUCUGAAAUCCUUAUACAUCCAGUCAGCAAUAUUAUUACACAUGUUUGAUAUAACCAUAGUCCAUACCUCCAGUCAGGGUUACUAUGACCCUUUUGUAUGAGAUCCUAACCAUAAGUCCAGUCACUGACAUUAUUUUCUCCACUGCACUGUUCAAUAUAUACAUUUUAACAUUCAACAAAGAUCUUUGUCAUGUAUGAUUUAUCAUCAUUUAAUUUUUUUCUUUCUUCUGUAUGUCAAAUAAUAACUAUGUUUGUUAUAUCAUUUGAGAAUAUUGUUUUUAUUUUAUUGUUAAUAUUAGAUUUGAUUAUUUAAAGUAACAUUGGCUAGGCUCUUUUUAUAAUGAAAAAAAAAAAAUGAAUUUAUCAAUGUAUUUUACCCCUGAUUACAAUGACGAUAAAGUUUUUUUAUUUUUUUAUCUUGCCUGAAAAGAUGGCCACUCAUUCAAAUUACUAUGCAGAGAUAGUGAAACAAAGUAUGGGUCGUUCUUCUAUUGCUACAGAAGAAAUUGAGAGAGAUUUACACAGGUAACAAUUUCAACUUUUGGACACUCUCUUAACAGUGUUUUGAUUUCUUUUCAUUCAGUUAGUUUUCGGUUAAAAUAAUUGCACUUCCCGUAAAGGGUGGAAAAUUAUGAACUGUUCAUUUCUUUAACCACAGAAACAUUGUAUACAGAAUUUACAAUCUUAAUGCUGGUCAUUUUCUUUAUUUGUAUAUUUGUUCCUGUUGUUUGGCCAAAGGACCCGUAAAAUACUUUAUUUGAAUUACUUACAAACCUGGAUUUGGAGGUGGGUUUUUUUUUUUGCCCAAGCUCCACUUCAGCUCCGAGCUGAACACAUUUUUGUUUGUGGGACGGUAGAAUAGGGCGGUGCCAAGUGUUUUAAGAGAUGUUUUUAUUAUUUUGACUAACCCAUCUUAUUUAGAAACGCAUGUACCAGCAACAUAACUGUAGAAGAGUGGGACAUCAAUUUUAAUAAUUAAUUUCAAAAAUUAGAAAUUAUACAUUUUAAAAAAAAAUUAUUUAUUUAUUUAUUUUAAAAAUGUAGAGCGUGUAGCAGUACAAAAUUUUACCACCUCCAGCUCAGGUAAAAGGCCCUGCUCCAAAUAAUGAAGUCAAUUAUAUUUCCUGUGCUACUCAAAAGAGCACUAUGUUUGUGUUUGUUACCAUCAUCAUGCCCUAAAGCAUUUCACCAAUUGAGUUCGUUCAUACAGGCUGUGAGUGAAGCCAAAUAUAUUUCAAAGUCUGCAUGCCUCACAGUUUAUCUGAAUAAUCACAUUGUUUAAAUGAUCGUUUCAGGUCUCUACCAGAGCACCCAGCAUUCCAAACUGACCGAGGUAUUGGUGCACUUAGGCGAGUUCUUACAGCUUAUGCCUGGAGAAACCCGAACAUAGGUUUGUCAUAAUUGUGUAGUAUUGUUAUUUUAACAAUUUAGGUAAAAUGGUAGUUGAAUUGUUACUUUUAAUAGUUGUGCACAAAAAUUCAUGAAGACAAUAACACUAAUGACAUGCCAUGUAAUUAAAACAAGAAAACAAGUGACAUGCAAUUUAAUUAACACAAGAAACAAAGUGACACGCAAUUUAAUUAACACAAGAAACAAAAUGACACGCAAUUUAAUUAACACAAGAAACAAAAUGACUCGCAAUUUAAUUAACACAAGAAACAAAGUGACACACAAUUUAAUUAACACAUUCUCUAACUUUUUUUUUUAUCAGGUUACUGCCAGGCCAUGAAUAUAGUGACCAGUGUUCUGUUGCUGUAUGUCAGUGAGGAGGAGGCAUUCUGGCUGCUGACAGCUAUCUGUGAACGUCUGCUACCAGACUACUACAAUACAAAAGUUGUAGGAGCACUCAUUGACCAAGGUGGGCACAUGUAUUUGACUGACUGUUUCAAAUGUAUAGACUAGACCUAUUAUGCAGUAGUUUUCUUCUUCAUUUAAAAUUAGACCAAUUGUUUUAGUUGCCAAGAUUGAGUGCACAAGUUUAGUGCCUUUGGCACAUGAAUCUUAGACUUUAAAGUACAACAUCUAUCUUUUACAGGAGUAUUUGAAGACCUGAUCUCAGAAUAUCUUCCAUCUCUUCACCUUAAAUUAGAAACCCUUGGACUUCUCAGUAUGAUUUCUCUAGCAUGGUUUCUAACCAUAUUUUUAAGGUACAAUAGUAAAUCAUUAAGCUGGUUAUGUGUAUAAUAAAAUAGACUUCAAGGGCUAUUGAAAAAUUAGAAAUUUAACUUAUCUCUCUAAUGAAUCUUUUAUUUAAUAGUUUCAAUCAUCGAUAAAAAAUCGUUUGUUUUGCCAGCAAUGAGGGUAUUUUGUUAAACAAUUGACUUUAUAUAUUUUACAUAGUACUUAAGGAGAUAUAACAUUGAUGGUAAUCCUUUGUAUUGACCAUAGUGUAAUGCCAUUCAACUGUGCUGUUAACAUCCUGGAUUGCUUCUUCUAUGAUGGAGCCAGGGUAAGGCUUGUCUAGUCUUUAAAAAAUUGACCAAUUAAAAAUACUAAGCAAAUGACUAACACCAGAAUUUCUAUUAGCAAACAUGUUUUUGGAGCUUAUGAAAUUUAUUUUAUUAAUUUAUAUUUUUAAAAUGUAUUGUUUUGCUUCUAGGAUAUAGUUAAUAGCAUAUCAAAUUCCUAGUUUUGAAAAAAACAACUUAGCUACAAGAGGUCUGCUUAUUCCUGUUGGUUCCACAGGUAAUCUUCCAGGUGGCCAUGACCAUUCUGGACACCAAGAGGGAUGAGCUGCUGGAGUCACGGGAGGAUGGCGAGGCCAUGGCCGUCCUGUGUCAGUUCCUUGACAACAUUGUCAACAGCAACUCCACCACACCAAACAUAAUGCACACCUCUAAUGCAGCAGCUGUUGCUGCUCAGAAUAAGGAGGUAAAGUUAGUGCUUGAAUCAGAACUUUGGCUGGAAAUUGUUUUAUACUUUGGUAAACUGUCCUGCAUAGUCUGUUAUGUAAUGGCUAGUUAUAAACUGUCCCACAUAGUCUGUCAUGAAAAGGCUAAGCCUAAGCCUAUCUGAAAUCCUUAACAUCAUAAGCGCACAUCUUCAUCAUUGGUUGAAUAAAAACUGUUUCACUAGCAUCAAGAUGUCUUUAAAAGUUUUAUGUUCUUCCAGAGUCAGGUUGAUGUGGCUGACAUCAUUCAGCAGAGCUACCAAAAGUUUUGGUCCAUCUCCAACCAAGACAUCAACAAGCUCAGACUUAAGCACAGACUCAAAGUUGUUCAAGUAAGUUUAGCUUCACUUUUGACUGUUUUAAAAUAUCUUAUCUUUUAUAAACCUUUAUUAACUGCACCUCGACGGAGAAUCAUUCCAUUUUUCAAUCAUCUGGAGCUUGCUCAUUCCUUUUGUAAAAUUUAUACCUUUCUAGGUAUGUAUUUUUGUAUCAUUGAAUUAUAUAAAGUUUUGACAAGAAUGUUAUUAUAUUGUAUCAGACCACUGAAUUAUAAAAAGUUUUGACAAGAAAGUUAUUAUAUUGUAUCAGACCAAUGAAUUAUAAAAAGUUUUGACAAGAAAGUUAUUAUAUUGUGUCAGACCACUGAAUUAUAAAAGUUUUGACAAGAAUGUUAUUAUAUUGUAUCAGACCACUGAAUUAUAAAAAGUUUUGACAAGAAAGUUAUUAUAUUGUAUCAGACCAAUGAAUUAUAAAAAGUUUUGACAAGAAAGUUAUUAUAUUGUAUCAGACCAAUGAAUUAUAAAAAGUUUUGACAAGAAAGUUAUUAUAUUGUAUCAGACCAAUGAAUUAUAAAAAGUUUUGACAAGAAAGUUAUUAUAUUGUAUCAGACCAAUGAAUUAUAAAAAGUUUUGACAAGAAAGUUAUUAUAUUGUAUCAGACCAAUGAAUUAUAAAAAGUUUUGACAAGAAAGUUAUUAUAUUGUAUCAGACCAAUGAAUUAUAAAAAGUUUUGACAAGAAAGUUAUUAUAUUGUAUCAGACCAAUGAAUUAUAAAAAGUUUUGACAAGAAAGUUAUUAUAUUGUAUCANCCCCCCCCCCCCCUUUUUUUUUUCUUCCUUAUUUAUGUAUUUGAUAAGUGCGAUAUGAUGACAGUUAUGGUUUUCAGAACUAAGGAAUAGGUGAAUGGGGUAUGCAGGUCAAAGAUCAAUUUAACUAAGGUCAAUAUUUGAUAAAACGUUAAUUCUGAUUAAGUUCCACAAGAACGGCCAAUUCCCACUUCAGAAUGAAUUAAAUAUUUUGCUAAGCCUCUAACUUAAAUAUUGAAAUUCAUUAUUACUACUUUUUUUUUUUAUAAAGACAAUCGGCCAGAUUUUAUUUUAAGAAAUUAAUCAAACGAACAAAAUCAAAAAAAUUGUUUUUUAUUUAUAUUUACAACCUAUCAAAAAAUCAGCCCAUAUCGUAUAGAUUAAAAAAAACAACAUAUAUCCACAUUGACAGCUGUUUUCAUUUAAAAUUUGCAAUCUAUCCAUUUCUGAAUGUACUAAGCAUGUGGUAGCUGCAAAAGGGGAGAUUAUACAUGAAUUUUUCCUGUUUGUUAUGUUUUAUGAUGCGCCAUAUGAAUAUAAAGAGUUAGUCAAAUAUUUACGACAACAUCAAAAGUUAUAUACCAUCCAUUUCCAGGAAGAAUAUCUGACGUCUUGCUACUGGCGGACACACCAACAUGUUGACACCCCAGACAAGUUCGACCCAAACAGACCUUACUAUGACCAGUACAAGGUGGAUUUUGAUCAGUUCAAGACACUCUUUCUGUCUCUCUCCCCUUGGGCCACUGGACAGUAUGCUUCUACUCUGGCCUUGAGGACAUUCAGGGUAAGAUAAGACUGAUCAAUAUUUGAGGACAUUCAAGGUAAUAUAACAAUGAUCAAUAUUUGAGAACAUUCAAGGUAAUAUAACAAUGAUCAAUAUUUGAGAACAUUCAAGGUAAUAUAACAAUGAUCAAUAUUUGAGAACAUUCAAGGUAAUAUAACAAUGAUCAAUAUUUGAGGACAUGGGGGGUAAGAAAACUCUGGAUCAUCAGAAUGUACAAUUUUUAAACUAGUUAUAGGAAAUCGUGUGUUGUAAAAUGUUUUCAACUUUAUUAGAAUAAGUCAUAUUUAAUUAAAAAACUGAAGGGGCAUUCACUUCAUGGGGGCACUUUUGGAGUUUAUUACCAACAUUAUAUAAUAGAUGUGCGUGUUUGCAUGUUAGGGGGAGCAAUUUUGGGAGUUAGCCAAGGGCAGCAUUUAUUUAAGGUACCAGUAAUGAGCUGGACUCAUCAACUUGAUUUCAAGCCCCAGAAUCUGUGGAGACCAUUAUUUUAACAAUUGCCUAUUAUCUCAAUAAUGAGUCUUUAUAUUAUGACAUUUUAAAACGGUAUAAAUUGUGUAAGAUCUCUCAUAAGUACAUCAAUGGAUUCUCUCAUAAACACAUUAAUGGAUUCUCACAUAAACACAUCAAUGGAUUCUCACAUAAACACAUUAAUGGAAUCUCUCAUAAACACAUUCAUGGAUUCUCACAUAAACACAUUAAUGGAUUCUCUCAUAAAUACAUUAAUGGAUUCUCACAUAAACACAUCAAUGGAUUCUCACAUAAACACAUUAAUGGAAUCUCUCAUAAACACAUUCAUGGAUUCUCACAUAAACACAUUAAUGGAUUCUCUCAUAAACACAUUCAUGGAUUCUAUCAGCAUUGUAGUUCUCCCUUCUCAAUAAAUAAAUUUAAUUUUCUUCAUCAUACUUCAUGGAACAAGCACACUUUGAUCUAUUUAAAAACCUUUAACAUGAUUGAGGACCAAUAAAUGUCUCAACAGCUUCUGGAUGAGAACAAAGACAAUUUAAUCAACUUCAAGGAGUUUGUCAGUGCCCUGGGCACCAUGUGCAAGUCCGACAUCACCCAGAGGAUCAAGCUCUUGUACCUGCUUCACCUGCCCCCUGCCCUGCUUCCCACAGAUGUCUUGGAUGACUCGCCUGGAUCUCCAAAAUCUGGUGAGCUCCAAUUUUUGUAAUGUAUUCCAUUACAGGUUAAAAAAAAAAGUUAAUGAUAAAUAAAGGAAAUAAACAAGAAAAUAUAGCGUAGAACUUAGUGAUUGUAAAAUUAUCAUGACAGGUCCAAUGUUCAUGACAGGUCCAAUGAUCAUGACAAGGUCCAAUGUUCAUGACAGGUCCAAUGUUCAUGACAGGUCCAAUGUUCAUGAAAAGUUCAAUGUUCAUGACAGGUCCAAUGUUCAUGACAGGUCCAAUGUUCAUGACAGGUCCAAUGUUCAUGACAGGUCCAAUGUUCAUGACAGGUCCAAUGUUCAUGACAGGUCCAAUGUUCAUGACAGGUCCAAUGUAAAUCUCUUUCCAGAAUCAGUUGAAGCUGCUGUGGAUGCUGCAGAUUUUUUUGAUGAUAAUGAGAGCACACCCGAUACACCUGCUGAUGAUGGUGAGACAAUUUAGUGUAUUAGAAGAGGGGGGGGGGGCACACAUAGAACAUUGUUAUUCUAGGGCAGCGGUUCUCAACCUGUGGGUCGUGACCCCUUUGGGGGUCUCACGACCCUUUCACAAGGGUCGCCUAAGACCAUCCGAAAACCCAUAUACUCCACAGUUAUUAAGUAUUAUUUUCGUUGGGGGUCGCCACAACAUUAGGAAAUGUAUUAAAGGGUCACUGCAUUAGAAAGGUUGAGAACCACUGUUCUAGGGGGAAUGAUUGUGUUAUCUGUUCAUUCUAUCUGGACAUACUUCUGAUAGUCCCAUAAAAACUCCCAUUAUGAUUCUAGCUUUAGAGACAAUUCUUUGAGAGUGCAAGUACAAGUGCAUUUUUUAAUCUUUUUAUUUUUUGCCCUUUUCAGUUCCACGUUGUAUUGUGCACUUAUUUUGUGAACAGUUUUUUUUUAAAGAUAAAAACCCUCAAACCCAGAAGCUUUCAUUUAAAAUGUUCAUAACUUAGACUCUUCAAAUAUUGUACAGUUUUUUCUAUUUUUACUCUGUGAAUUGAAGCAUAUAAUAAAAGAAACUGCUACUUUUUUCUAUAUAUUUUCAGAUUUAGAACUUCCGCAGCUGCCCUACAAUCCAUCCAGCAAAGCAAUGAUUGCACCUCGUCCAGUAGAAGUGAAGCCGGAUAGCUCAAGUGUUGACCCCAGGACCCCAUUAGUAGAGAUGGUACCACUGGAGACCCCGCUGGAUGAUGAGGAUGAUGAAGAGGACAGCUUGUCAGAGGCAGACAAAAGUGACGGCAACUCAAGCGGUACUGAUAAAACUUCUGGGGAGAUAAGCCAGAGUGCAGGGGAAGUAAUUCCGCCAACACUUGAUACGCCUAAAGUAAAGCGCCCAGAUAACCUUGUAACGUCCAAAGGUGAUUUGUGGAACUUCUAACUUGACAUUUUUUAUUGUAUGGAUUAGUUUCCAUCAUAUCAGUUGAAUUCAUUUUGUAAAAAAAGAUUGAAUUGAAAUGUUGUUUUAACUCAUUCCCGGCGGUUGCCACUAAAUGCGUCCUUUGGUGGUCCAAAUGUGUCCCGGCGCAUAGCGACACACCUCUCUGAUUUCUAUUUAAAAAUAGCAAUAAAAUCUCCAAUCCCUCAAUUCAGCAUGAUUUCCAUUUAAAAACCGGAAGUUUUUAUGUUCUUUCACUUUCAAUCUAUAUGUGUUUUAGUACCGCACUUCUAUAUCUACCAUGUGUUCGUCCUAGGUGCCAAAAAUCAAUAUUUUGGUCUUUUUUUUUUCAAUAUUUUUUCGCUAUCAAUGUUACAUUUUUUAUUAAACCUUAUUCAUUUUUGGAUGCAUUUGUCCUUAAUUAAUUAACAUCAAUUAAUUUUUAGCAGCUUUAAAAAAUAUUUUGAAAAUGUAAAUCAAUUGCAAAAUGGAGUUACUUCCCUUUCCCAGGCAUAUAAAUUAAGAACGGAAGUAGCACUGCCUCAAGGAAUGAGUUAACUUGAAUUUUUUUGGUUCAGAUUUAUCAUUAGAAUAUUUAUAGUAAUCUUUGAUUUAAAUCUAUGUCUUGCAGAGCCUCCCAAGAAGAUCCACUUGCCUACAAAGGUUAUUCCCAAGCUUGCAAGAAGUGCACAAAAGGAAGAAUUUGCAAAUCUCUCUAGGAUGGGCCAGGUAAGACAUCUUGGGGAAGUACAAUGUGCCAGGUAAAAAAUUUUGGAAGGAAUAGGAUGGGCCAGGUAAGACGUUCUUGGAGAUAAUCUUUAAUACAGAAAAAAACAAUUAUAAUAAAUUUUUUAUUUGCUCAAAAUACGGAUAAAUGUCAAAAAGGACAUUAACUUGUAUGUCAAAUAGAAACUGCUAAUCAAGCUUUAUGUUAUUUUGUCUGUGUAUUCCAGAUCCAGUUCAUCCAACUGCUGCGUACUCUGUACGACAUGUUUACAGACUCGCCAGAAGAACAGCAGCUGUACCACAGCAUUGCCACAGUGGGUACUUUACUCCUGCAGAUCGGAGAAGUUGGGAAAAGAUUCCGUGUGUCCAGCUCCUCGUCAGGCUUGUCAGAAUCUGAUGGGCCCAGCCCAGUCAUGGAAAGGAAGCUAGCCCCCCCCCCUGCUGGUGGCAAAGACCAAGACAUCAAGACGUCAGAAACAAAGAUUUCGGGUGGACGGCUCCUGGAAAAUGGGAAGAAUGAAAAUGCCGUAGAAGCAGGAGCUCAAGGCGAUUUCCCAUCUUCAGUUAGAAAAGAUAAUGAAAGUGGAGAUGCCAUGAUUAUAUCUAAAGAUAUCAGUAGUUCAGCUGAGGGGGCAACAGCUUCUGAUCCCUCACAGUUGUUGAAGCCUGCCGGCCCGAGUUCUCCCAAAAAUACCAGUAAGCCCGACCUGGACUGGUCGAUUUCUUUUGAACAAUUCCUUGCCUCCCUGCUGACAGAACCAUCUAUUGUUGAUUAUUUUGAAAGAAUCUAUGACACAACAGAUGCUGUUGCGGCCCUUAGAAACCGACGCCUGACAACACGCAUAGCAACCUCGUCAGAAAAAUCAUGAAAAUGACAAAUGAUACUUUUUUGUAAUAAAAUUUAUGGAUACUUUUUUAACCAGUUGGUAUCUAAUGAGCCAUUUUGAACCAAUGGUUUUCCUACAUUGUAAAAUAUAUGGAUUCUCAUUAUUUAAAUUCUUUAAUGUCUUGCUCCCUCAAUGCUUCAAGGCUAAGCUUCUGAAAUCAUUCUUUUAUAUCAAACUGGAGGAUCCAGAAAUAUUUGCUUGUUUUGCAAUUAUCUUUAAAAACUUAAAACCCAGCUGUGCUUUAAGUAUAAUUUUUCUUAAGCUCUAUUGAAGGAGAUCUAAUGGGAUGAUUUUUUAAAAUUAGGUAACAAUUUCAAGCAGUGGUUCCCAAAAAUAACAAAAUGUACAUACAAUUUUAUUUCUAUCGAUGUGUAAAAAAAGAAAUGGUGGGGGCUGUGUACAGGUUAAUUCCAAGAUUUUAACAAAAUUUUCAGUGAUCAACAGCUCAUCCAUCCUACUAAUUAUGAUUAGUUGAAUUGUUACAAUUACAUUUUAAUUUGUCCCGGUAAUCUUAAAUACCAGUUGGUAUUCUUUUUUAACUAUCCCUUUAAUUAAAAAAAAAAUAUUCACUACAUCGUGCUUGUACUUGUGAGAAACCGACCUAGCUCGCCUUGGGAAAACUUGAAUUUAGCAAGGGCACUGAGAAUGAAAAAAGUUUGGGAACCACUGCUUUAGUAUCUUUCCCAUUGAAUUUGAAGAAAUUAAUGUAAAUGAUCUGUGUUUGUAUAAGACAAAAUUGGUCUUGUGGAAUUGAACUGUUUGCCUACAAGUGUUGGCAUGCAACACACGAGACAUUAGACUUCUGAUACUUGGGGCAUUAGAAAAUAUGGAGGCAUUAUUUAUUAUUAUAGUUAUAGCAAUAUACUCAUGUUUCUGUUGUUAAAAUGUCUAAGGAACACUAUGGCUUCAACAAAUAUUUUUAUAAUAAAAGGUCAGUUGAAUAAAUGUUCAAUAAGCUGACCUGGUUGAAACCAUCUCUAAUGCAUUACAUCAUAUUUACACCAUUGCCAAUGCUCAGUGACCAAACAAUCAAAGUGCUGUAGCAAUAAUUAGAAUUAGUAAAAUGAUGCUUCAUUUCAUAAAACCUGUCAACAUGCUGGAACACCACUCUCUUUAGCAUUCUAAUGUCUCUAAUCUAUGGUACACUUUUUUUGGAAAGUUUAGAGUAGUUGAAAUUGAUUUUCUUGACUUUAUUGUAAGCUUUAGGUAUGGCUUGAGCCAUUGAAUCAUAUUUAAGCAGUGUAAUUUUAUAGCAAUGUAUUGUCUUUAUGUGGUCUUUCAUUACUGCUAUCUUCACUUGCAAUUAAUUUUUUCAAACAUUGUACAAGUAAAAAUAUACAUAUUUUUAUGUUUUAAUUGAAAUUUAUCAAAGUCAAAGUGUGGAAUUCAUGUAGAAUAUUAAAUUUCUUUCACUAUUAAGUUUUAAAAAAUAUUUUUCUCCCUCUGGCAGAUUAUGAAAUUGAAAUUUCACAAUUUAGUUUUAAAUUGGUCCUAGUCCUAUUGAAGAUGAAACUGUUAAGUUUAACAUCGAAAAUUAUGAAACUAUUGAUAAGGCAAUAAGUUUUGUCAGUAAUGAGAUCCCCUCAGCUGGAGAUGGAAAAACAUGAGUGCCUGAGUCCUGGAGUUCAUAUAAAUGUCUUGACUGAAUCGGAAACAAAACUCGUAGUCCCGAACAGUGGCAGCUUGUGAGCAGUGCAUUUGUUUACUCUCCCUUUAUGAUUUACUUGGUGGUUGUGAUUGGCUAGAAGAUAACGGUUUUACAAAAUAAAGCCAUUUAUAUCAUUUUCAAUUAACUGGUUUUAAAUGCACAGUUGAAAAUUAACAAUGAACACUUCUGAACACCAUUUUUUGAUGUCAACUCAAGAUAAAUUUCAGCGAUUUACUUUGUUUUGAUAUUAUGUUCAGUUUCUGGAACUAAAUUUAAUCAAAAUGUUUCUUAAAUUUUGUUUUUUUAUCAAAUCUUCAUUAACUGAAAAUAUUAAAACCAUUGCUAUUAUUUUGUUGGUUAUCUUUGGAUGUUUUUCUUGCAAAUUUUAUGACAAUUUUGAAAGUCUCAAAAAUCUGUGUGCCAUCAAAUCACUUGGUUGGUCCAAACCUGAUCUGGCCUGUGAAAGGAUGAUGUCUAAAAAUGGUUGACUGGCAUGACUCACCAGUUCUAUCUAAACCACUUGAAGCCCUGACCACUAAUGGUCCAUCAAAAGUCAUUUUACAAAAUUAUGUAAAUAUCUGUACAGAAGGAAUUAAGAUAUUAUCUAAACAAUAUUUUAGAGGAUAUUGAUAAUUUCCAUUCACACCCAUCAUGUAAAGUCAUUAUCUUUUUUAUCAAAUAUUACAGGAAUGUCUUUUUGUCAUUUUCAAAUAUCUUUCUGAGAAAACGUGAGGUAAAUAUAUUUCUUUAUCAACUGUGGGGUUUUCGUGGAGUUUUUUUUGUUGAUCUAUUAAAAGUGGUGUUUUUAUAACUAUAAAUUUAUUCAUUUAUAAAACAUAAAUUUUCUUGUAUAAAUUCUGUGGCACCUAAGCAUAUUUCAAAAGGAAAAAAAAAAACAGAAAUAGAGAAAAUGCAAUACAGUUUUAUGACACACCAGAGCAGAGCUGUAAAGUUAAUGAUACAAUGAAUGAUUCUGUAUUGAGUCCAAGCUUUAAGGGUUGGUUGAAAACUGUUAAUAUUGUUAAUUAAUGUUUAAUUUCAGAUCAGGUUAAAGAAAUAAGCCACAGAAUUGAAAUGGCCAGAUUGGCUAUCCAUACAUUUCAAGUAAUCUAUUUUUCAUUGUCCGGCCAUUGAAUUACAUUUUACAAUCAUAUUUUGUUUUGAUCUGAUACCAACUGUUCAGUUGGAAUUUUAGUUACCAAUGGCUUUGUACUGAUAGUAAAUUUUAAAAUGUUUAGAGAAAAUUAGGUGAUGCCAUUUUUCAAAAAUAUGUUUGGAUGACCAACACUUAAUUGCAUUUUUGAGUCAUGUUAUUACAGACUAAUUAUUUAAAACAAAAAGUUUUUUCUUUUAAAUUUCAACUCCCCAAAUCUUAAAUUAAUUUUCACAUUUGCUCUAACUCUAGUAAUUUAAUUUGAGUCUUUUUUCAGGUCUUUUUUGUCUUUUUUUAAACUAAUACAACUAUUCCUGUAUAUAUGUAAGCAGGUGUCAUUUCUGGGAAGGUUUGUUUUCUAGUCUCUG